AUGAAGGUUAAUGGCGAUGCGAUCCUACAAAUUCUGGGAAUGCGUGCUGGCCAUUUGCUAAAUGUCAGCUAUUUCUGUAUCAUAGCCGGCUGCUUCCUAGCGCUGUUGGGCUUCAUUGGCUGCUUUGGUGCCAUCAAAGAGAGCAAAACAAUGUUGAUGUUGUAUUUCGUAGCCUUAACCACGAUUUUUAUCGGAGAAAUGACGUGUGCAAUUGUCGUUUUGAUCUUUAAAUCAAUCAUUACAAUAUUAUUUCAAGAAGAGGCCUUUGGAUUACUAAAAAAUAACUACACUGGAUUUGGAGAUAAAAACUUUGCAAGUUUCGGAUGGGAUUCUAUUAUGAAAACAUUCCAUUGCUGCGGGUUAAAGAAUUACACGGACUUUGAAGGAUCAUACUAUCAGAUUACUAAAGGACGUUUGUAUCCGAAGAGUUGUUGUCGAAACCCUUUUUCUGCUGACUGUGAUGGAAUAACAAUAUCAUCAGAAAUUAUAUUCACAAAGCUGACAGCCAUGAUAUGUUCCCUGGCAUUGUUCAUCAACCUAUUCCGCAGAGUAGCUUCAAUUUAG